UUUUUUUUUCCCUCUCUCUCCUCUCCUCAGGCAACCAAUUAAUUUUGGACCCAACCGAAUGUCUGCAUCCGUUUCCGCCUCCGCCUCGUCGAACUUCCCAUCAGACGCUCGUUCGGGGCCCCUCCGCCGCCUUAGCCAACUGCGCGCGUAUACCCAAAAUCAUUUCUCCUCUCAAUCCUCCUCGUCAUCCUCAGCCUCUAAUACCAACAGUCAACAACGGAUCGCCCGUCGACACACCUUUAGUAGUCGAGUAUCUUGGUUUUCUCCCGCGUCAUCUGCCUCCACCAGUACCGAAUCUGCUCUUCCACCUGUGGGGACCAAUGACCCGGCCCCAUGUCCCGACUCUGAACCAUCCUCAUCGACCCUCGCCCGCUACAGUUCUGUCUUGUUCCCAGGCUAUCGCGGUUUUGAACUCGACCUGCGUUCCCAGAAUCGCUCCUCCGAGUCAUCAACCUCCCCUCCUUCGUCACACGAGCCUCGUCGAACGCAGACCCAAGGCAGGAUGGCGCGGCUGAGAGGGUUGUCUCAAACCCCAGAUACGAGACCUGAGGUGGACACGACGCCAGCAUCGGCGCCGACCAACCUGCAGAAUGGGUUGUUGGACUGCCCCGACCCGGUUACCAAUGAAAAUUCUUCUUCAUCGUCACGCCCGAAGCAGAAAGCCACCAUUCGAUUUUUCCCUCAUCAGGAUUCGCAUGGAAAUUCGAGACCUUCCUUACCCUUUAUCCCCAUCUCUCGAACUCUACCAUCGGAGAGUAGUGUCAUCCGGGUCGGGCGAUACUCUGAGCGAGACGGCUUGCCCGUCGCAAACCCCACCGAACCCUCCGAUUCGCCUGUGGGUUUCAAGUCGAAGGUCGUUAGUCGAAAACAUUGUGAAUUUCUGUACCUAAACGGCCAGUGGCACAUUAAGGAUGUCGGAAGCUCAUCGGGAACCUUUUUGAACCACAUGCGGUUGAGUCAGCCUAACAUGGCAUCCCGGCUGUACACAGUGAAGGAUGGGGAUAUCGUGCAGCUGGGUAUUGAUUUCAGGGGUGGGGAAGAGAUGAUCUUCCGAUGCGUUCGUAUACGCAUCGAAUGCAACCGGUCCUGGCAGCAGCAGCCUAACGAGUUCAAUAAAAACACUGAGAGCCUCAUUAAAAAUUUAGGUAAAGGCGAUACGGCGGAUUAUUCCGGGUGUCGCGAAUGCUCGAUCUGCCUUGGAUCUGUUUUGAGACCUUAUCAGUGUCUAUUCAUGGCAGCAUGUGCCCAUGUGUGGCACUACAAAUGCGUUAGUCGCCUCAUCCAUACGCCGGAUUACCCUAUGUUUCAGUGCCCGAAUUGCCGUGCAUAUACGGAUCUGAGCGCCGAGGUGGAUGAUUCGAACGAUUACGAGGAGGUGGAGCAGAAGCCCGCCUCCACAGAGGAACAAAGAGAUUCAUCUCAGGACCGUCGAUCCGAAACCCGCACCCCCCAACUAGAAAACAACCCAACUCCUGAGGCCUCCAACUCCUCGCAAGAAUCCGUGGAUGCCCAGCCAAAUUCCCUGCCCGCGACAGCAGGGCUUACUCACGACGUCGAGAUUAUGCACCUCAGUGAAAAUAGUGCAUUGAGAGAACUCGAUGACGAAACACCCCGUGUGGCCGAUCCAUCCCCUGUUGUCACGGGGAGCAUCGGGAUACCGGUUCCUACGGCCAGUGCUCUUCAGUGCCGGCAGGCGCAGCUGCGGGCAGAUACACCCGUUCGUUCUGAAUCCUCCGAAGACAACCCUCUGACGCCACGAAAUGAUUCCGGUCCUCUGGUAUUUGACGGCCGGGCUAGCAUGUCGUGAAGAAGGAUAAUUCUAUGGAAUACAACGCCAUGGGACUCCAUGCGCAAUGACUUACAUUGACCUUUUUGAGCGGGGAGACGCUUUGUCAAACGCCAGCAGUCGUCCCAUCAAAGACUGUUCUACGGCCUUUCACGUGUUUCCUCUCGUUAAUCCCCCUUGCAUCGUUUACAAUUGAACACCCCAGCAUAGUUAUUUUCUAUCUCUAUAUCUAGCAUCGCAAUCUGGAACCCAUCUGCCCUUGGUUUUAAAUUAUACCCCCAUUUCGCAUCGCCGGGUUACUCCUCUCGGUCGGCUUGGCCAGGUUCCCCAUUGCGCCGUCCUCGCUGGCUGUCCGACGGUGCACUUCAGCCGGCUGGUUAAUGGCGUUUUGGUAUCUGCAUACAUCCUGCGAUCUAGCUAAGGUUUACCGGUGGUCUCUCGACGAUCUCCUCGUCAGCAUUCGUUCUUCUGCUACACUUUCCUUUCUGUUCUAUUUUGAUAGCGCCUGAUUGAGCAUGUGUGUACAUAACAUUAUACUGCGACCGUGCGUGGGAACCGCACUGGCCAACUUAGCUACUAAAGCAACAAUUUCCUUUCUUGGCUCGCCGGAGUCCAUCUUCCAAUCCUCCUGCGACCGCCAC